AUUAUCAGUUAAUCAUAGAUAUUGUAACAUGGAUGUUCAAAAGGAAAGAAUUGAUGAAGAAAAAUCAAAAAAAAGAGAUGAAAAUGAGACUAUUUUAGAUUUAAGUGAUGGAGUGGUAUAUUUUGGGACACCUACAUCAGCAGAAAAACGGUUACAUGCAAUGGAGACACCUCCGAAACACGUUUCAUCAAGGAGGAAAACAGUUCUUCUUCCAUCUAAAGCAAUUCUUUAUUCUACAGGAAAUUUAAAUCAACAAGAAAAUUAUAAGGAAAGAAAAAGUAGGCGACAAAGUUAUUUAUAUGCAACAAAAAAUUCUGUUAUGUUAGAGCAACAAAGACUUCAAGAAAUUAUGGAUGAUAAGGAUUUUGCAUUAUAUUCUAAUAAUUCUAUGGAUGAAAAUUUAUUAUUUACAGAAGCACCUGGAAGUGUUGAACGGAAAAUUAGAAAGAAAAGUGAUACAGGAAAGUUGUCUCUUACACCAUCUACAUGUCAAAAGCGUGUAAAAACAUCGAGACAAUUUUCUGUUUUUAACACUAUGAUACCACGUUCAAUAUCGACUAUUUCUAGAAGAAAAUCUACAUCAUUAUUAUCGCAGAAACAGAAUAAGACAUUGCAUCAUGCAUUUGAAAAAGAUAUUUGGAUGUCCGAAAUGCCGUUAUUAUGUUGUAUUAGAAUUCAGGCAACUAUACGAGGUUAUUUAAUACGAAAAUCAAUUUUUCUUCAGAAUCAAGCUGCAAAAAUCAUUCAGCAUAAAUAUAUUACUAUACUUGCAAAGAGGAAGUUUUUUCAUCAAAAAAGAUCGGCUAUAAUUAUUCAAUCUGCAUGGCGUGGUUGGCUUGGAAGAAUGCGUUAUCUAGAAAUGAUAGACGCAUGUAUUUGUAUUCAAAAAUGGUGGAGACAAUUAUUUAAAGAAAAAAAGGCAAAACAGACAAAAGCAGUUGUAAGAGUAGAGGAAAAGGAAGUCAUGAAAAAUAUAUCGAAUAAUUCUAGUCUUCAAGGAUUUUUGAGAAAAUGGGAAUCUAAAAAAGCAUUAGUAACUGCUGCAAAAGAUAAAAAUUUAAAAAGAAAUUCUUUGCUAGAAAACAAUACAAGUAUGGUAGAUAACAUAAAGGAAAAUAUUCCAUUUCGUUUAGUUGAAGAAUUAUCACCACAAAAACCAAAUCCUCCUAUAUCUAACGAAUCACCAAAAUCAUUUAAAAAGACGGAAAAACAAAGAAUUUUGUCGUCUUAUUCUAGGUCUGUAUCAUCUAUGACAUUAAUGCUGAAACAAUCUAUAUCAACUACUAGGAUAUUAUCCGAUCCUACAAAUUCUAUUUUAUCCACUACUGCACAUAAUUAUCCUGUAUCAUUUCAAAAUCGCCCAAAGUUACCAAGAUCGCAACUUGCUGCGCCAGGAUUCACUUCAAGAACUUCCGUAUUAACUGACAUUUCACCGAAUUUAUUAAAGCAAGAUACAAUAAAUGUAUUAAAUACACCUGCGAAAAAAAAUAAAGUAGAUGGCACAUCUAUGGUUACAUUGAAAGUUUCUACUCCAAGCCCCAAAAAGAAUCCUUGUCUUGUAUCUCCACUUAGAAAGACAAUAAAAAAAAACCAACCACUUGGUUAUCGAAGAACAGCAUUAUUGGCUCCUCAAAACAUAAAUUCAAUGCAUUUUUCAUAUAUCAUACCCGAAAGUACUUCACCUCAAAAAAACGUUAGCCAUUUUGUAAAUAAUGGUCUUGGUUCUCCUUCAAGACAUAAAAUUAUUAAUCAAUCAGACCUUGCUUCUAAGAAUUUAGAAGUAAGUAAUGAAGAACGGAAUCUUCUUACUCGAUCUAGAACAAUAGAAUUAAAAACAUUAUCUACAUCUACUUUACAAACUUAUACAUCUGCGAUAAAAAAUACCAUUUCUCAGAAUUUAUCUAAUUCAUAUCGGCCUUUAAAUUAUUUAACUCUUGGAGAAAUAACCAAAAUGACCCGGCAAAAUACAUAUCAAAACAGAAUAUAUCGAUGUGACUUUAAUAGAGUUAUUGUACGAAAAAAUUAUUUACGUCCUCCAUCUCCUACUGCAAAGUCGCAAUCCAAACUUGCAGCUGAAGCACGUAUUAGAAGAAAGAAAUUUCAAAAAGAAAAAAUGCAUGAUUAUGCACUUGGUCCAGGUGAUGACGAUAAUUGGAUUCCAAGAGAACUCACUCCUUUGAAAAAAGGUGUAAAAUGGAAUAAACUUUUAGAAUCCGAAAUUGGAGAACCUAAUCAUACCUUAGAGAAACUUAAUUCUGGUAAAGUAAAAGUUCAAAAGGGAUGCUUAUCUAAAAAGACAAAUUUAAUUCGAUUAGAUGAUCUUGGGAAUGUACUAGAUGCACAUGAACCAUUGACACCUAUUAUAGGUAAAGCAGAAACCGUUAUUAUACAAAAGUUUCUUUACAAAGGAGAAGAGGAUGAAUAACAUAUUUUAAGAAAUAUUUAUCUUCUUAUAAUAUUAACUACAAACGAAGUGGUAUAAUUUUUAUGCCAUUUAAGAAUCUUA